UGGUAUUUAAAAAGGUAACAGUUUGAAACGAUACACAUUGUGGCUCCCGAUUGGAUUGAGAGCACGCGUUUGCUUUUGUCUAGUAUUUCAUUUGUUUCUUUUACGGCCAACCUAUGUGAAAAAUGUGCACUCGAUUUUGGAUUUUUACGCUUUAAUGAUAAAGAUUCCGCCAUGAUUAUCUUCAUAUUCCUGCUGGCCGUGACCGCGGCCGCCGAUGUAAACGAGACGGAGCCACCAUGUCCCUCGUGCCUUCUAAUGAACACAACGUGUUACAACAUGUCCUACCUCUUCGAUCUCGACGCUCCCUUCAGAAAACAGGUAGUCAUAAACAAAAUGGACCUCCUUAGAUCCAAAAACAUGCUUUACUUCAGUUUCGAACCAGUAUUCGAAGACGAAGAAUAUUACAAAACUGGCUUCGUCAAACUUGAGGACCUUAGCUACCAUGGCAUCAUCACUGGGAGUCAGAUCCUUAAUCUGGGGACGUUUGACAUAGAUCAGGCUAAUGGACAAAUUUACUUCGGAGGCAGCGAUGGUAUAUUCGUGUUGGAUACAAACAACAACCAAAUGGCGUCAUACAGCAGUCGCGGCGAUACAAUAACGAAUGUGUUUUACAAAAACCAAGUUUACUUCGUCCGGUAUGAUGACAAAGGGAUCAUUGUUAAGCAGGGGGAUUACUUCAAGACUAUUCUAGAAUAUUGGACUGUGAAGAAGUUUGUGGUGGUGGAAAAGGACACUGUUAACGUUAUUGUGUUCUUAAGCAAUUUAGGCUUGUUUGUUAGUAAGGGUAAGGUGGUGCAUCGUCUUUCUAAAAACGCUUUUUUCAGAGGUCUGGCUGUUGACUUGGACGGUGAAGUGUACGCGUGGUGGCUAGACGGUAUCUACAAAGUUAUAUUUUCAAAGAAUAUAAUCCACUCAAAGAUUGAGAAAGUAACUAAUCUCCCUUUGAUUGGAGCUAUGGCUUUUGAUAAUAAUAACAAUAUUCUCAUUGCUUCUGAUAAAUCCCUGUAUUUAAUGGCGAAGACGUCGCAUAGCUGUGGCGUAGUUAAGCCAGCAGAUUAGAUGUAUUAUAUACAUAAAUAUAAUAUCUGUAUAUAUUUCUACUAAUUCAUCAAUAGGUCCAUUUAGGUACUAAGUAUAUAGUGAUUUAUUAGAUAACUCAGAAAUUAAUAAGACAUAGAGCUACCCAUUACAAAUAUUGUUGAUUAGCAAUCUUUGUCAAUAUUUUAAUAUUUAUGGUGUUAUUAUAUUAUUUAUAAUCUUUAGCGAGACAUACUAAAUUAAUUAUUAUGUUAUAGGCUUACUCACGUAACAGUAGCCUUGGAAAUUUUCGCUGCGUCGUGUCGCCGAAUGCUGUUCAUGAAUAUGAGCCUUGUAGUAUGGCUUGAAACUAGUCGAGUUCCUCGUCAAACAGUUACGCGAGUAAGCUGAUAACAUAAUAAUUAAUUUAUGGUGUUAUUUCAUAAAGUUAUUUUAUUGAAAAAUAUGUCGAACUCGAAACGUAUCGUAUAAUUCGCUGUAUUUUAUAUAACAGCGUGUUACAUUAGAAAUACAUUUUCAGUAAGCUAAACAGCUUUUUAUAUUAUCUAUUCACGUCUGAUCGCUUAAGGGAAUCUUAAAUAUAAUUAGCGUAAUUUCUAUCUUAAUUAAUGUAGUAUUAACAAUUAAGAUUUUGAGACAAAGUACCUGUGAUUUUGUUUAUAGUUUUAGACACAUCUCCCUUCAGAUUUUCGAGAAAAUUAUUAAAAGGGAUCGCUAGAAGUAAUUGUUAGUUUUUUUCAACACUUUUUAAACCAAUCAUAGUAAUUUAUCAGCUUUAUAAAGUGUAAAGUGUAAGAGUAUAAUACUUUAGCUACUAAUUGUUUUCUAUGCAAGCAAAAAUGUACGUAAUACUCAGUAAUAGUGUAAUUAACUUUUUUAAAUAAAUGUGUUACAAAAUUUGCACAGACCAAA